UACGAUGCAACCGAAGAAGUCCACCAAAAAUAUAUAAAAAGUGAAAAUAAGGAUAUAAAUAAAUAAAGUAGAACAAACCGUAGAUAGAGAAAAAUAAGACGGAGAAAAAAAAAAAAAAAAAGAGAAACAGAGAUACAUUAAAAGACAAUUUCAAAUUGGAAAACAGGACGUUUCAGGAACAAGAAAAAAAAAAAAAAAAAGCUUUUGAUUUUUCAAAAGCUUUUCUCUCUAGCUUUCUAUAUCUAUCUCUCUCGCUCUCUCUCUCUCUCUCUCUCUCUCUCUGUCUCUCUGUCUUUGAGACUUCUCUGAAGCCCUAGCCCCGGUCCAUUUUCAUGGCGUACAUGAUGUUCUCUACCAUGUGAAUUGACCGUUCUGCCCUCGGCGUCGCCGGAGAUGGUUGGCAACCCAACACCGCCGUCGGAAAACGUCGUGUCAUUCCCGCCGGCUAGGGUUUCGGAUUCUGUUUUGGUUUCAGUUCCUUCGCGCUGGAACCAUAUAUUAAGCGUUUAGGACCGUCCGAUCAGACGGAGCCGGGAAAUUGUUUCUGUAUCUAGAGUGAGGGAGGGAGGGAGGAGCGAGCUAGCGAGCAAAUUUUUUAUUUUUUUUUUAGAAAAAAGGUCACGGGAUCAUCAUCGUUUGAAAAAUGGCGAAGGGAGGAUUCUUCUUCGAAAAGCUUCGCAGGUGUGUACGGACGGUGUUCUUCAUGGUGGCCAUGGUGGUGUCGCUGUUGGUCUCGUCGUUGCCGGUCCUCGUAGCCUUAGGGGACGUGCUGGUGCCGUGCGUUUUGAUCUCCAGCUUCACGUGUGUUAGGUGCUAUGGCUUCAAGGAGCAUUUGCAUCGAUACGCUUUCAAAAGCUCUCUCACAGAUAUUCCUCUCGUUUCCAUUGUCAGAUCUCUCAUCAUUACUUGUGUUUAUUCAAUGUGCGAUGGCCCUGCUCUUUCACACGGUCCAUAUCUUGGUACUGUGACUGUAUGCUCUUUUGUCUCAAUUCUUCUUCUUUCAGUCAAGGCCUGUGUCUUUACUGUAAAUUCUCAAAUUGAGGCCGAAGCUUCAUCUUCCCCCUCAAGGCGGAGGCUCCACUUAAAGAAGUCAUGGGGAAUGCCUGUCUUGUUUCUCUCGUGUUUAGUCUUUGCCCUUGGACAUAUUGUGGUUGCUUAUAGAACAAGCUGCAGAGCAAGAAGAAAACUCCUAUUUCACCGAGUUGACCCAGAAUCGGUCCUUUCAUGUAAAAAUGUUUUCACUGGCUACCAGAAAGUCCCACGAUCUCCCACUCCUUCUGCAGGAAAAACCCCAAAAAGUGAUAGUGAAAUGAAGCGAAAGCCUUUUGGGGUUGUUCGUGAUGAAGGGGAACUCCCAGUCAGAGUACUUGCUGAUAUUGACAGUUUAUUCAUCACAUGCCAGGGGCUUACUCUCCAUUACAAGCAUAGCUUACCAGGGUCUCCACCUCGUUCAUUAUCCUCAACUACCUUUCUCGAACCUGAUACCAAUUGCAGUUCCCCUCAAAUGGCUAUUGGAAGGCCAAAACCUGAAAAGCAUCCAUUGAAUUUACUGUCAAAAAGCCAUCUUAGUCUUCAUAGGAGCUAUAGCAAUCAAUUUCACAGCUCAUCUCUAUAUGCUCCACUAUUGGAGGGAUCAACAGUUUCACCUGUUCUUUCUGAAGACAUUCCUGUCUUGAGCCUGGAUGGUGCUGGUGAAGAAGAUGAUGUGCAUAAAUUUAAUUCUGGGACUGUAGAGCAAGACUUGGAAGGUGGUGGGCAGUUUGGUAUUGUUUUAGUGCACGGGUUUGGUGGAGGAGUCUUCUCAUGGAGGCAUGUGAUGGGGGUUCUGGCUAGGCAGGUUGGUUGUACAGUAGCUGCUUUUGAUCGACCUGGCUGGGGACUGACAUCAAGGCCUCGUAGGGAGGACUGGGAGGAAAAAGAAAUGCCAAAUCCUUACAUGCUUGAAAGUCAAGUUGACCUGCUUCUUUCUUUCUGCUCUGAGAUGGGGUUUUCUUCGGUGGUGCUUGUUGGUCAUGAUGAUGGAGGCCUUUUGGCUUUGAUGGCUGCAAAAAAAGUUAAAUCAUCUUUGAGUUCUUUCAAUAUUACGGUUAAAGGAGUGGUUUUGCUAGGCGUUAGCUUGUCAAGAGAGGUGGUUCCUGGGUUUGCGAGGAUUCUCAUGCGCACUGCACUUGGGAAAAAGCACUUGGUUCGUCCUUUACUUCGAACAGAAAUAACCCAGGUGGUGAAUCGGCGUGCAUGGUAUGAUGCAACCAAGUUAACGACAGAAGUCUUGAGUCUUUAUAAGGCUCCUCUUUGUGUGGAGGGAUGGGAUGAAGCACUGCAUGAGAUAGGUAGACUGUCUCAUCAGACAGUCCUUACACAGCAAAAUGCAGAGUCAUUGUUGAAGGCAAUAGAAGACAUGCCAGUUUUGAUAAUUGCAGGAGCUGAAGAUGCGCUUGUUCCCCUUAAAUCUUCUCAGACUAUGGCUUCAAAACUUGUAAAUUCUAGACUGGUUGCGAUAUCCGGAUGUGGCCACCUUCCUCAUGAAGAGUGUCCAAAGGCAUUACUAGCGGCUAUAACACCCUUUUUAAGCAGACUACUGUUUAAACAAGACUUGCAUAGCCAAUAGUGUACCUUCUUUUUAACUUAUAAAUAGGAAUUAUAUCCUGUAGGGUGGCUUCUCCAUUUUUUUCUCUUCUUUCUUUCUUCUCUUUCCUUUCUCUUUUUUUUUUUUUUUUGAUUUUCUUUUUUGGUUUUUCUCUUUUUUCGUUUUGUUCUUUUGUUUUUCUUUCCUUUUUACAGGCGGCCCAAGUUGAGGAGACCAAAGUCAACUCUUUUGGGUAUUUUUGACUUGCUAGUUUGGGGCCUUACCUUUCUCUAGGGUUUUUAGAGCAUUUUUACCAUGUAUUUUUCAAAUAUUUUAUUUUAUUUUCUUUUUCCUCUUUGGAAAUGUUGAUUUUCAUAAAUUGUUGUUUGAUAGCAGUGUUAUUUUCCACCGAAGGGGAUGGAAAAUAACAUACAUUGUAAAUUUAUCAGAUUGACAAUGCAUGCAUGCGUUUGAGCAUGGUGUUUUGAAUUA